GCGAUCCGGGGUGGCGUUGGGAGCCGGCGGCGGCCAGCGGCACAGCGCCAAGGCCUGGCUUGUAGAUCGCUACCCGGGGCUGCUGCCCCCCCCCAAGUGCCCGCUGCCACCAUGAACGGCGAGGAGCAGUACUACGCGGCCACGCAGCUCUACAAGGACCCGUGCGCGUACCAGAGGGGCCCGGUGCCCGAGUUCAGCGCUAACCCCCCUGCGUGCCUGUACAUGGGCCGCCAGCCCCCGCCGCCGCCGCCACCCCAGUUCGCAGGCGCGCUGGGAACACUGGAGCAGGGAAGCCCCCCGGACAUCUCCCCCUACGAAGUGCCCCCGCUCGCCGCCGAAGACCCUGCCGGGGCGCACCUCCACCACCACCUCCCCGCUCAGCUCGGGCUCGCCCACCCGCCCUCCGGGCCUUUCCCCAGUGGAACAGAGCCUGCGGGCCUGGAAGAACCCAGCCGCGCUCAGCUCCCUUUCCCCUGGAUGAAGUCCACCAAAGCUCACUCCUGGAAAGGCCAGUGGGCAGGCGGUGCGUACGCACUGGAGCCGGAGGAGAACAAGCGGACCCGUACAGCCUACACGCGGGCGCAGCUGCUGGAGCUGGAGAAGGAAUUCUUAUUUAACAAAUACAUAUCCCGGCCUCGCCGGGUGGAGCUGGCCGUGAUGCUGAACUUGACUGAGAGACACAUCAAAAUCUGGUUCCAGAACCGUCGCAUGAAGUGGAAGAAGGAGGAGGAUAAGAAGCGAGGGAGCGGGACCGCGAGCGGGGGCGGCGGUGGGGGCGAAGAGCCGGAGCAGGAUAGCGCCGUGACCUCGGGAGAGGAGCUGCUGGCCUUGCCGCCGCCACCUCCGGGUGGUGCUGUGCCCCCGGGUGUCCCCGCUGCGGCCCGGGAGGGUCGCCUGCCUCCGGGCCUUAGCGCGUCACCACAGCCCUCCAGCCUCGCGCCUCUGCGGUCGCAGGAACCCCGGUGAGCACGGCAGGCUGGGGGUGAGCAGGGUCCAGGACUCGGAGUACGGACGUGAGUGCGGCGGCGUGGGCAGCCAGAGAGGGAGGGGACGGUGAGGCUUAGCCUGGACGCCACGCAAGUGCGUUCUCGGGGGGGGCACAUGCCAGUUGGGUACAGCCGGAGAGAUGCUGGCAGACUUCUGGAAAAAGAGACCUUGCUUCUGAAAACUUUUGAGGUUGCGAAUGGCCAGGUCUGCCUCUGUUGGGCACGUUCCCCUCCCUGCCUCCAAGACUCCAUCCUGGGACCCAUUUAGAGGACGGGGCUCCGAACUGAUGGAAAGGGUACACACUUGAACAUUCGCCCGCCAAACGUCCCCGGGGUCCCCAGGGUCCCCGGGGUCCCCGGGCGAGCAGGGCUGGGUGCCUUUGUCUGCCCAGAAACGACAGCCGUUACCGGGCCGGCCAUUUUAAGGUUAGGAAUAAUGAAAAUGAGCUGAUUGCAGCUUCAAAGAUGCAGCCAGGUGUGCGUUUCUUCUGGCCGCCCUCUUCCUUCUCCUCCUCCAGACUCUUUCCCCCUCUUCAGCCAGAUAUUUCAUUAGCAUCCACCCUUCCACCUGCACCCUCUCCUUUGAAGAUGAGAAGUUCUUCACGGCUGGUCCUGAGGGGAAGUGGAAGCUAGGGUCCUUGUGCCCCUAAUGGGACCUCCAGGGUCCUGAGGGACAGAGCUGCGCAAGGACCUUUGAGGUUUCUAUUUAAAGCGCGGAUAUCUUCCUGGAAGGAGCCAGGCGCCCAGGUACACCUUAGGAAACUAUCCACAAAGCCCUGACGUGAUUUCCACGUCGUAUUUUGAAGGUUCAAGGGGCGGGGAAUUGGCUGUUUCAUUUAAAGCUUUAAAGUUAGCCGUUCUCUGCCGACAGGUCUGCAGUUUCCAAGUCAGUCAGCUGCUCCCUCCAAGGUCUGAACCU